ACUCUUCUUGCCAACGGACUUAACAAAGCAGAACACAUUCCUCACUGUCUCUAUAUUUCUCCUCAGAUCUCUCUUUUUUUCUUUCACCCAAAUAAAGCAUUCCCUCUUUUUUCUCUCCAUUUCUCUCUCAUUUUUCCUCUUGCCAAACAGGUUUAAAAAAACAAGAAAAUGCAUUCUAUUUGCUUUCAAGCUACUGGAGUUCCUAGAUCGAAUUACAUUUUCGAUUCUUGUUCUCCUGCUUUAGCUAUAUCCAAGCCGAUCAAUCUCCGUUUCUGCGGACUUAGAAAGGAAGCCUUCGGUUUCUCUGGUUUGACUCACUCGAGUUCUGGCCGAGUUCGUUUCUCGAGUCGUGGACAUUCUAAGAAAGUCUCUGCUUCCGCUGAAAGCAACGGAAGUCCUCCUAAAUCGUUCGAUUAUGAUUUGAUUAUCAUCGGUGCCGGCGUCGGUGGACAUGGAGCUGCGUUGCAUGCCGUCGAGAAGGGAUUGAAAACUGCUAUUAUCGAAGGAGAUGUGGUGGGAGGAACGUGUGUGAACAGAGGUUGUGUUCCUUCGAAAGCUCUCUUGGCUGUGAGUGGUAAAAUGCGUGAACUUCAGAGUGAGCAUCACAUGAAGGCUUUGGGUUUGCAGGUGUCUGCUGCUGGGUACGACAGACAGGGAGUUGCUGACCAUGCAAAUAAUCUUGCUUCGAAGAUUCGAAGCAAUUUGACUAACUCAAUGAAGGCGCUUGGAGUAGACAUAUUGACCGGUGUUGGUACCAUUGUGGGUCCUCAAAAAGUGAAAUAUGGGAAGGUUGGUUUUCCUGAUAACAUAGUAACUGCAAAGAAUAUAAUCAUUGCCACGGGUUCUGUCCCCUUUGUUCCCAAGGGCAUUGAAGUUGAUGGGAAGACUGUUAUUACCAGUGACCAUGCCCUGAAAUUGGAGUCUGUUCCUGAUUGGAUUGCGAUUGUAGGAAGUGGUUAUAUUGGUCUUGAAUUCAGUGAUGUAUACACUGCACUUGGAAGUGAGGUCACCUUUAUUGAAGCUCUAGAUCAACUUAUGCCUGGAUUUGAUCCUGAGAUCGGUAAGCUGGCUCAAAGGGUGUUGAUCAACCCUAGGAAAAUUGACUAUCAUACAGGAGUAUUUGCAACAAAGAUCACUCCUGCAAAGGAUGGAAAACCUGUCAUUAUUGAGCUUAUUGAUGCCAAGACCAAGGAGCCCAAGGACACCUUGGAGGUAGAUGCAGCCUUAAUUGCAACCGGAAGGGCACCAUUCACCAAUGGUCUCGGCUUGGAGAAUGUUAAUGUAGUAACACAAAGGGGUUUCGUGCCUGUUGAUGAGAGGAUGCGAGUAAUUGACACAAACGGCAAUCUGGUUCCUCAUUUGUACUGCAUUGGUGAUGCAAACGGAAAAAUGAUGCUUGCUCAUGCAGCAAGUGCACAAGGAAUUUCAGUGGUGGAACAAGUGACAGGACGAGAUCAUGUGCUUAAUCACCUUAGCAUCCCCGCAGCCUGCUUCACUCACCCUGAAAUAAGUAUGGUUGGGUUAACAGAGCCUCAAGCAAGGGAGAAAGCCCAGAAGGAAGGAUUUGAAGUAGGCGUUGCCAAAACAAGUUUCAAGGCUAACACGAAGGCACUUGCCGAAAAUGAAGGGGAGGGACUUGCUAAGUUGAUAUACAGACCUGACAAUGGCGAGAUACUCGGAGUUCAUAUAUUUGGCUUACAUGCAGCAGACCUCAUACAUGAAGCAUCAAAUGCCAUAGCUUUAGGAACACGUAUCCAGGACAUAAAAUUCGCCGUUCACGCUCAUCCAACACUUUCUGAAGUUCUGGACGAACUAUUUAAAUCAGCCAAAGUUAAAGCUGCUGCUUUGAGCCACGGUCCAGUAAGUGAACCGGUUGCAGUCUAAACCCUUAAUCGACACUUUUCGGAUUAAAAAAAAAGGUAUAAAAUUUUUGAAGAACUUUGCUUGUAUUAGGGACUAUCAAGAAACAUCACGGAGGAAUUUACUUAUAAAUCUAAGAUGAUCGUUGUGCCCGAAGCUUUUUACAACAUAGUCUCGUCGUUUGUUAAGUUAUUUUCAAAAGCAAUGCAGAUAUAGCUGUGCCGAUAUUUUUAUUUAUCCAUUUUGGAAAACUGUAUUCCUUGAUGUUCGUGAAAUAAAUUAUACUUAAAUUUUUUAUUUCA